CAUCAAAGCGAGAGGACAUUCAAACGGUCCGGGGCUUGCGUGCUCUGAAAACCAUCUUUGUCAGGGGGAAGAUCAAGAAGAAGGCUUUCACCAACUACAGCAGGAAGUGGCAGGAUGAGGCCGGAAAGAAGCAGCUGGAUAAGGAUUUUAAUCUGAUGAAGAAGUACUGUUUGGUCAUCGGGGUUGUUGUUCACUCUCAGAUGCGGCUGUUGCCCGUAAAGCAGAAGAAGGCUCACAUCAUGGAGGUGCAGCUGAUGGGGGACACAGUCCCCCCAUCCAAAGUGGACGGUGCCAAAAAGCACCUGGAAAAAGCUGUGCCAAGUUCUGCCAACUACAGAUUGCAUCAGUGCUUCCUGGUAUUGGGAGUGACGAGUCGCUGGCAUGCAAAGAAGCUCCCGAGAAAAACCCACAAGGGGCUGAGAAAGGUGGCCUCCAUUGGUGCCUGGCAUCCCGCACGCGUAGCCUUCACCGUAGCCGGGCAGAAAGGCUAUCAGCACCGUACAGAGAUCAACAAGAAGGUGUUUCGUAUCGGCUGAGGUGUUCACAUCCAGGAUGGAAGGGUGGUGCAAAACAAUACCUCCUUUAACUAUAGCCUGAGCCAGAAAACCAUCACUCCAAUGAGAGGUGUUCCCCACUAUGGUAAAGUAACUAAUGAUUUUGUCGUGGUGAAAGGUUACAUUGUGAGCGCUAAUAAAUGUGUCCUAACCCUCAGAAAGGUAAGAAAAGUCAAUUUCACACAAAACCUAGUACGCUAAAGUUGGAAUUACGCUUUAAGUUCAUCGACACUUAAGUUCAUCGACACCGUUUCCAAAUUCGGCCACGGGCGCUUUCAAUCGGCCCAAGAGAAAAGAGCCUUUACGGGGCCCCAGAAAAAAGAUCCUCUAAAGACAAUGCUGCAAACUCUGCCAGAGGAGGCCUGA